AUGUGCCUCCCCUCUCUCCCCUGCAUGUACCUCCUCUCUCUCCCCAUGUGCCUCCCCGCUCCCUACCCCAUGUGCCUCCCCCUCUCUCUCCCCCAUGUGCCUCCCCUCUCUCCCCCAUGUGGCUCUCCCUCUCUCUCCCCCAUGUGCCUCCCCUCUCUCCCCCAUGUGCCUCCCCUCUCCCUACCCCAUGUCCCUCCCCUCUCUCCCCCAUGUGUCACUCCUCUCUCUCCCCCAUGUGCCUCCCCUCUCUCCCCCAUGUGCCUCCCCUCUCUCCUCAUGUGCCUCCCCUCUCUCCCCCAUGUGCCUCCCCUCUCCCUACCCCAUGUCCCUCCCCUCUCUCCCCCAUGUGUCACUCCUCUCUCUCCCCCAUGUGCCUCCCCUCUCUCCCCCAUGUGCCUCCCCUCUCUCCUCAUGUGCCUCCCCUCUCUCUCCCCCAUGUCCCUUCCCUCUCCCUACCCCAUGUGCCUCCCCUCUCCCUACCCCAUGUCCCUCCCCUCUCUCCCCCAUGUGUCUCUCCUCUCUCGCCCAUGUGCCUCCCCUCUCUCUCCCCCAUGUGCCUCCUCUCCUCUCUCUCCCCCAUGUGCAUCCCAUCUCUCCCUCAUUUGCCUCCCCUCUCUCCCAUGUGUUUCCCCUCUCUCCCUUAUGUGCCUCCCCAUGCCCCCCCCCCCCCUCUCCCUCUCCCCCAUGUGCCUCCCCUCUCUCCCCCAUAUGCCUCCCCUCCUCUGGGCUCUGACUCUGGCUUUUGCAGGAGGAGAGAUGUAUAGAGACAGUGUGAGGCCGUUGUCUUUCUAA